GAUUUUUAUUUGCAUGAAGACAGUGAUUGUGAUAAGAAAUUUUGGCGGAUGGCUGUCGCAAGUAAAGUUUUUUUCGUAAAUUUUUGUUUAUUUUUUAAUGUAAACCCCAAAAAUCCCCAUCCGCGAUGAGUAUUAGUCAAGGUGACAUCAAUUGCUUGCUGGAAUUACUCGAAUUGGAUGAUUUUAAGAUGAAAGAGGAACAGAAAAAAGUACGCCAAAAACUGGAAGACUUAUGGAGAGAUUUUGACGAAAACGGCAUCGACUGCGGACCGUAUGAGGAAGAUGAGGAUCUACCAGAGGAACCUGCAUCAUCGCCGACUUUCACAAAGAAAAACGUUCGACGUAAAUCGAAAGGAAACGCAGAACAAGAAAUUUUUUGUUCAUUUUGCAAGAAUAACGGACGCAGCUCGGUUUUCUACAAAUCUCAUACAAAGACCACUUGUGAGGUCUUGAAAAAGUACAAAUGUCCCAUUUGUGCCAAAAAGGGACAUACUCGUCGUUAUUGUCCCCAAAAGCCAAUUGUUGAAUGAAAAUUGACUUUUUUUUCGUAACUAAACUUUUCGUGAUAUUUUUUGUACCACUUGAUAUGAUUUUGACAUGUUAGACUAAGAAUAAAGUAAUUUUUUUGA